UUUUCUGAUUAACCAUUUACGUUUUUUCACACACGUUCUAACUCAUGUCCUCAAUUUUUAACGAUUUUGAAGUGUCCUCCAUCUAACCUCACUUCGCUCAUAACCACAGUUUAUUCCAGUCGAUGACAGUGAAGUGGGGGAUAUCAAUUUACGCGCAGGAGGAAAAAUUAGUUGUCUUGUAGUCCGGUGUGUUGUGUGUGGUUUUUUCUCAGUUUUUAAUAAAGUUUUAUAGUAACAAUGUUGCAAUUCGCGAAAUCUGUUAUAAAGAUAGUGCAUGGCCUGGUGGAAUGUCUCUUUCAUUGUGUUUUCAAACUUAUUUAUUGUGGUUCCGGCCAGCAAAUGCCACCUAUUAAAGACCUCCUCCUCCUCGAAUCGGCCUCUUCCAUAGCGCACAAAAUCAGGACCAAAAAAAUAACAAGUCUCCAAGUCCUCGAGUCCUUCAUCGCCCGAAUAAACGAAGUGAAUGCGAUGUUGAACUGCGUGGUGGCUGAAAGAUUCGACGAGGCACGCAAGGAGGCUCGAGCCGUCGACGACUUAAUCAAAUCGGGGGCGAUUCCCGAGGAGACCCUCGCCCGGGAGAAGCCCUUCCUCGGGGUCCCCUUCACGACCAAAGAUUGCAUCGCCGUAAAGGGAAUGAUUCACACUUCCGGAUUGGCCAAAAGAAGAAAUUGCAUUGCUGCGGAAGACGCCGACGCAAUUGCCUGUCUCAAAAGUGCUGGGGCUUUUCCCAUAGCCCUAACCAACGUUUCGGAGCUUUGCAUGUGGUGGGAGAGCGCCAACACGAUUCACGGCCGCUCCCGCAACCCCUACAACACCAACCACAUCGUGGGGGGCUCCUCCGGCGGCGAGGGCUGUCUCCAAGGGGCUGCCGGCUCGGCGUUCGGAAUCGGCUCCGACAUCGGGGGCUCAAUCCGCAUGCCGUCGUUUUUCAACGGAGUUUUCGGCCACAAACCCUCCAAAUUCAUAGUCUCAAACAAUGGCCAAUACCCAGCCCCCAUCACAACCGAACAGACCAGUUUUCUGGGAAUCGGCCCCAUAUGUCGCCGCGCCGAAGACUUGCUUCCCCUUCUGCGAGUAAUCGCUGGGAAAAACGCCCCCGAACUCAAACUCGACGACCCCGUCGAUGUGAAAAAAUUGAAAUUUUAUUACCAGGAUUCGGAUGGGGGCUCGGUGGGAGUCUCGCCGGUCAAUCCCGAGAUUAAGCAACUCUUUACGAAAAUUUCGGUGCAUUUGGAGAAGGCGCAUGGGAUUAAAACGAAGAAGGUGGCGCUUGAGAGGUUUAAGAAGAGUGGCCCCAUUUGGUUUGCGAAUAUGAAGUGCCCCAACGGCCCCUCGUUCCAGGAGCAAUUGGCCAAUCUGCAAGGCUCGAUCAACCCGUAUUGGGAAUUGACAAAGUGGAUUUUCGGCCGGUCGGAGCACACGUUUAUCGGAAUUGUGACCGCUUUGGCUGAUAAAGGGGGGUGCAAGUACGGCGAUGACAAGCACACUUAUCUGGUGGAGGAACGCGGAAAAUUGCGACGCGAAAUGGAGGAGCUUCUCGGGGACGACGGCGUGUUUUUAUACCCCACGCACCCCACAGCAGCCCCCUUCCACAACGAGCCGCUCAUCAAGCCGUUCAAUUUCAGCUACACUGCCAUCAUUAACGUUCUGGGGUUCCCCGCGACCAACAUUCCCAUGGGAUUGAACAGCGAGGGAUUGCCGAUUGGGGUUCAAGUGGUGGCCAAUACGAAAAAUGACAGAUUGUGUCUGGCUGUGGCGAGGGAGUUGGAGAAGGCGUUCGGGGGCUGGGUGCCCCCCAAAGUCGACGCCUAAAUGCCUUUUAGUGAUAGCACAGUAUUGUGAACUUGUGACUGAGAGAGCCAAGCUCAAGUACCAAUCCUUUUAUGGAAUAUUCUAUAUUUGAUAAAUGUUUUACACAAUGUAACGGUUGGUGUGUAUGUAUCACGUUCUAUUUUAAUCAUUAUUUUAUACAAUUUACAAUGAGAGUAUUCAUUAUUUUUAUAACUCAAUGUUGAAAUUUUAUAAUAAAGAUCUCUCUCCUGUU